AGGACGUAAUAGUACGUACAAGUCACGUACUUAUCUCAGUCUAUAGUUCAAUCUGAAUAUCUUUUUAAUUUCCCACGGAGGAAUUUCUAAACUGUGUUCGAUAAAAAUAAAUAGACGUCUAUAUAAGACUAUUCAUAUCAAAUGGCAAACACAGAAUACUACAACCAAGAAAAACGAUGCUAACUGAUCGACAUAGAACAGAGCUAGCUCAGAACGGUUUCGUCGUUAUCGAGAACGUUCUGACAGAGGAAGAGUGCAACAAAAGGAUUGGAGAAUACAAAACAUGGCUACAACAAUUCCGAGGUCCAGGCGAGUGGCCCAAAUCUUUAAAUUCCCUAAUAAGAGGUUAUAAUGCAGGAAACUUAGAACCAACAUGGAAGGUUCGGCUAGCUGUUAAACCAGUGUAUGAAGAGAUAUGGAAAACCCCAAGAUUAUUAUCCAGUAUUGAAACUGUGGCAAUAGGUCGGCCACCAGAGGAAGGAGAGGAGGAAUUUGCAGUUGAGGGAAAGCAUUGGCUCCACUGUGAUCAAGGUGCAGAGAAGUUUGGACUCCAUGCUUAUCAGGGAGGCGUUUAUCUGGAGGCGGCUGAGGAAGAUGAUUGGACAUUCUAUGUUCUAAAGAAAUCACACAAAUUUCUAGAUGAAUUCUACGCCAGUGAUAAGAAAGUUGCCGAAGAGAGUGCCCGCCAUAAUUUUUUUAAUAUUAGUGCAAAUAAUUUAGAGUGGUUUAAAUCUAAGGGAUGUGAACUACUAAGAGUUGCCGUUCCUAAAGGUGGCAUGGUUGUGUGGGAUUCUAGAUUGAUCCAUGCCAAUGCAAGGCCAGUAAAGGGUAGAAAAAAUCCCGGUCGUUGGCGAUUUACGGUUUUAGUCUGUAUGACACCGGCUUGUUGGGCUAAUACAAGCGAUUUAGAGAAAAGACAAGCUGUGUACAAAAGUGCUGCCAUGAUUUCUCAUUGGCCAUCACAAGACGUCCGUGUUGAUAUUCAAGGAUCAAGUGCUCCGAGUGAACAAACCAAAAACAUAGUAUUUCCGGAAAAAAUGUAUGGUUUUGCAGCAACAGAUGGAGUUCAAGAGUUGUGUGGAUAUAAGGAGUAUGAUUUCAGCAACGUCAAAUCAAAUCCAGAAAUAAGUUAUCCAAAAUGGAAACAAGUUUUACACAAUCCUCCGUCGGAAUACUUUUUAGACCAAAGACCAGAAAUAAGCGAGUCUACACACGACUGGGCGUCUUACUGCACUUUACUGUAAUGAUGGUUGAUGAUAUGGGAAUACAAUGGUUAAAUCACCCAUGUUAAAAUGAGCAUAGAGCAUGGCAUGAAAGACUUAUUUCUUAAUGAAUAAAUUUGUAUAACUUUAUCCAAUUAAAAUCUGUAAGAUUCAAUAACAAUGACCAGUCCGAAUCAUUACAUGUCACUAAGGGGAAAUAGGGUGAGACUAUUCAGCCUUGAUUAAGGUGACCCUAAUAUCAAGCUAUCAAUAUGACAAAUAAACAUCAUCCAUUCA